AUGUCCCUUCCAAGUACCUUCAAGCGGGCUGUCUUUCGGUCUGCGGGAGCUCCCCUCGAGAUCGAAGAGAUAUCUCUUACUGCCCCAGGCCCAGGUGAGCUGCUUGUGAAGGUCGAGGCCUGUGGAGUCUGUCACUCGGACACAUUCGCGCAGAAAUUUGGUAUGGGAGGAUCAUUCCCUAUUGUUCCCGGCCAUGAGGUGAUCGGCCGCGUUGCUGCUGUCGGAGAAGGAGUCCAAGACUGGAAGAUCAAAGAUCGAGUCGGAGGCGGUUGGCAUGGAGGACAUGAUGGUAUAUGUAACGCGUGUAAACACGGGUACUAUCAGAUGUGCAGCAACAAGGCUAUCAACGGAAUCUCCAAGAACGGUGGAUACGCCGAAUACUGCCUUCUACGUGCUGAAUCUGCCGUCCGGGUUCCCGAGGGCGUUGACGCCGUCAAGUACGCGCCUAUUCUCUGCGCCGGAGUGACGGUCUUUAACUCUAUGCGCCGCAUGAAUAUCACGCCUGGUUCAACUGUGGCUGUUCAGGGCCUAGGUGGCUUGGGACACUUGGCUGUUCAGUAUGCAAACAAAUCCGGAUAUCGGGUAGUCGCUUUGUCCAGAGAUGCGAGCAAGGAGCAAUUUGCUCGCGAGCUGGGAGCGCAUGAAUACAUUGACGGAAGCAAGCAGGAUCUUAGCCAGGCAUUGCAGGAACUAGGCGGGGCGUCCUUGAUUGUUUCGACUGCGCCGUCUGCGAGUGUCAUUACCCCUUUGCUCAAGGGACUGGGGAUUCUAGGCAAGCUGUUGAUUCUGUCUGUGCCGGGAGAGGUUCCGCUGGAUAUUACCGUCAUGAUCAACAAUGGUCUCUCCGUGCAUUCGUGGCCGAGUGGUCAUGCUACGGAUUCAGAGGAAGCCAUUGCUUUUACGCAGCUGGCGGGUGUCAAUUGCAUGGUUGAAAGCUUCCCGCUGGAAAAGGUCCAGGAGGCUUAUGAAGCCAUGCUGCACAACAAAGUCCGAUUCCGCGCUGUGAUUACAUUUUAA